UACGCAGGCGUGUUACGGGUUGUUGAACUAAGAUGGCGGUGGGUGGAUGGCUGCAUUGCUUGUUGCUGUUUCUUUUUACCGCCACCCUGUGCUCCGGCCUUUACUUCCACAUUGGGGAAACAGAGAAGAAAUGCUUCAUUGAGGAGAUACCCGACGAGACUAUGGUCAUAGGUAAUUACAAAACAUUAAUGUAUGACAAACAGAGGGAGCAGUAUUUGCCAUCUCCUCCAGGGCUGGGAAUGUUUGUGGAAGUGAAAGAUCCUGAUGAAAAGGUUGUUCUCUCACGACAGUAUGCUGCUGAGGGACGAUUCACAUUCACCUCUCACAUUCCAGGAGAACAUCAGAUCUGCCUGCACUCUAAUUCCACCAAAAUCUCUCUCUUUGCAUCAGGAGUCCUGCGAGUUCAUUUGGACAUUCAGGUUGGUGAACAUGCAAAUGACUAUGUUGAAAUUGCAGCAAAGGACAAGCUCUCGGAGCUUCAGCUUCGAGUAAGGCAACUGAUUGAACAAGUGGAGCAAAUACAGAAAGAGCAGAACUACCAGCGAUAUCGGGAGGAACGAUUCCGGGGAACUAGUGAAAGCACCAAUCAGAGAGUAUUGUGGUGGUCAAUUGUGCAAACACUGAUACUUAUCCUGACUGGAAUCUGGCAGAUGAGACACUUGAAAAGCUUCUUUGAGGCCAAGAAACUUGUAUAGGGUAUGGUUGCAUUAAUCUGUUCUGAUUUGAUUUAAAUACAGCACAAGGCUGAUUGGCCAAAAGCUUAUUUUCAGUUACACAAAUCAUGGCUCAUUGGAUUUUUCCCAUCUUCCAUCUUCCAUCCUCUUGUCCCCUUCGCAACCUCUGACACCUAGUGCCUCCAAAUGAAACUUGGCAAGGAGCAACUGCCAUUUGAAUUUUUAAAAGACACCUUGGCUGUUAAAAAAGGCAGCUCUGCCCAACCAACAUCAAAUGGUUGGAGCUAACUACUUUGUUGCCUCUGGACUUCCAGUAUCUUGUCAAGCUACUGUAAAUGUUUCCUUUCUUCAAAACCUUAAGUAAGUUGACUAAUUUUAAUGUUUUAGAAUUUUUUAAGCAUUGUCUUGUGAACAUCCCCUUUGAACAUGCAUAACAUAUCUUUGUAAACUUUCCUUUUAUCUACAAUGUGUAAUAGCAUUCUCACUUAUGACAAAAUGUGAUCCUGAAGUUUUGAGUUGUGAUUUUGGAUGCUGUAGACAUGGCACUGUCUGUUUCUAAGCAAGAAUUAUAUUAUUGAUUUUCUAAGUUUGGGUGGGGGGAGAGGGAUAACAUGGCUGAUUAAUUAUCGCUCUGAUUUUGUGUACAAGAUGAUAUAUGAUUGUAUUGUCAUUGUAAUUGAAAUCUUUGGUUGUGUGAAAGUCACUGAGGGGCAAGUUCUUUAUGAACUUGAGUUUGAAAGGAGUGAUGUUGCAUUUAUUGAGCUGUAGUUAUACAGACAGCAUUAAAUAUCUGUAACAAGACUUUGUGACAAUCAGGAAUCCAGUGGCAUGCAGCCAGGAGUAGAAACUGUAGGUUUCCUACUCUGGGAAAUUAACUUUUCCAGUGCCCUGUUAGUCAAGCAAGAUGUACAGUACCCAUAUAAAGUUCAAAUUUAGCUUUCUUUUUUAAUGGAGCAAUAAUGACAUGGUGGAAAUUUAUAGAGUUUUGGAACUUUUUUCUCUUGUGGAUUUCCUCUUAGUGGGGUAAAUGAAUGUAGUCAUAGCAACUGUUUGCUGUUGCAAAUUGGGGGUGGGGUAGAAGCCCUUGGUUGCAUUGAGAAACUGCUGGGUAGAAAACCAAGUGGUGAAUCAUUCAGGACCUACUGAUCCAGAUGGGAGUAAGAUUCUGUAAUGUGGAGCAUUCAGAGCUGUCAACUACUUUGCAUCAUUUAGUACAAUUAGUGUCAUUAAUUUGCUUGAUUGGAAAUUUGUUUCCUGGUUGUAAUAAUCUAGUUUGGCCAUUUGCAUAGAUAUGAAUGUUGUAACUGACAUUUGUUGCUGCUUUGGUUAUUCUUUUAGCAGAUUAUUCAAGGAGAAUUACCAGCAAUCCAGUUCUCUAGGAUUCUGUUCCAAAAACUGAGGUAGUCUUGCAGUUGAGCAGUCUCCUUUGGAUUGUUGGUCCCAUAUCCUGUUGUCCAAACCAUAUGCCAUGGUUGCUUUAUUAUAAAUCAUGCUUGUUAAAUAAUUUUGAGCUCUAUUUCUAGUUGAAUCAUUGUUACAGUCUGUGCCCCAACCUUUGAUCAUAGGUGGGUAAAUUAAAUGUUAAUAAAUGGAUGUGUUUUCUCCUGUUUAAAAUAGCGAAUUUUGCACUUGUUUCUCCUAAAGCUAAUUUCCUGGUUUGAAGAUCUUCUGGAAGCAUACCUCUAUUACCAAAACAGCUUGUAUUAGUCCUUUGAUUAGGACAGUCAUGAUCAUAACCUAUGGUCAUAAUUGCUCCUCAACCUCAAACUUGAUGGGGAAUGAUUUUUAUCAACAGUCUCAAGUAGAGUUGUCAAGGUGAUGUGACAACUCUGUGACAUCUUAAGUGCUGCAGUGUUACAUACUCUAGGAUUGUGCAGCAAACAGCUUAUUAUAGGAGAACAAAGGGAAAAUAGGAAAACUAUUUUUCAAAGAAAUGUGGCUAAUUGAAGCAUUAAUUGGGAUAGUCAGGCCUGGAGUUAAAAGUUGGAUUAAGGAUUCAAGAAUUGUACUCUUUGGGGGAAAUAGUAUGAUAUUGCUACUAAUAAAAUGUAUGUUCUCUCAUCAAUAUCUGUGAAGAGGCCUUGGUACAUGGAUAAUAUUUAGUUGUGUUUAAGGGGAGGAAGAAAAAUGGAUGAAGUCGUUAUUUGUGUCUCCUCUUUGGUGGUUAACUGCAAAUAGCAACAUCUGUUUAAAAACAGUUCUGAGAGCAGAAUUUUAAGUGGAGUUGAACAAAGAGGAAAUUAUGAAAUUUAGAUAAAGGGUUGUAAGAUAAACCUGGAAGGUUAUUGCAUGGGAUCAACUACUGACAGUGUUAAAAAAAAAAUUGUACUCCAAAAGUAAAUUUAUGCUUGUUUCUUUAACACUGUUUUUACACCAUUCAAUUUUUAUUUGGAACUUUAAGCAUUUUGUUUAGAGGUUCAUUACUUAAAGAGCUUCCCUCUUCUGUUUGUUGCAGUAAAUGAUUUGUAAUUAAUUUGACUGGACCAUUUUUCACAUGUUCUCAUUUUUUUGAAAUAAACUAUUUUCAAUCUUUAAGUUUCUCAUUUAUCUUGCAUUUGCUGUACUAAAGAGAUUUGCAGUUUUGAACAAUUGCUGGGGUUAGUGUACCUUGUGUCAUCAAUGCUUUAAAGCAUGCCAUUGUCUUAUUGCAGAAUAGUCUUGUUAAAUGGAUAAUGUUUCUACAGAGCACAUGCCAUCAUAUACUGAGCUUUUCAUUUUAAUAUAACAAUGGUAGGGAAUUGAGAUGUUCCUGAACCUACUUUUGAAAACACAAUUAUCUCUGCAAAGGACCUUCAAGUCUGGCUACAAUAUUCAGGAAUGGAAGAAGCUGAAUUCUGUACAAGGUGCUUUUAUUUAAAUGAGUUAAUAUUAGCAAAAGGAUUUAAGACGAAAGCCCUUUAUCAAGUUUCAACUCUACCCAUUUAUUACCUUGCUGAACAUAUUCAUACAAGGAAUUAUUAGAAAGCAAGACUACAUUACACUACCCAUGUGAGAUUGUAUAGAAAUAGUACUAUGUGGUACUGAUGGGACAUGAAUUAACUGCCUUUUGAUUGGUUUGUGCUACUAUUAGGCUACAUUGGUGUCCUGAGUGGGGAAAAUGCCCAUCGGUCCCGAGCAGAUCAGAUUCAGGCAUGGUUUUAAUCUUAGCAAGUCAAAAAGCUGCUCUUUAUCUUUGCCAAUGAAGAACAAUUACAUGGUUGAGGUAUCGGCAAAUGUCAGCACUAAUUUUCUGAGAGACUAGUAUGUAAAUGACAUCUACAUUGAACUUAAAUUCACAAGUUCUUGAUUAAUGUACUGAAAUUAAAAUAGAUCCACAUUUAGAUAAACUUCAUACAUGUAUGAAUGAUUCUGUAAAGUGAAAUAAAAUUAAACCUAGGAUUGCAUUCAAAUUGUAUAUCUAAGUGCAUUUCUGUGAUUGAUUGCAGUCUGCUUUAAAUAUGUGUUCAGUAUUUAAAUUCUGUGGUGGAAUUGCCACUGUUAAUUUUUCAACAAAGCAAUAAGAUGGUAUUUGUAAGAAUUAUUUUAAAACAAUUUUAUUUUUCACUUAAACAUGUUUAAUAAAAUUGUUCACACAUCUA